AUGAAUAAACAUAAUAUCAGUCUUCUUGAUCUUCCUACUGAAAUAUUAUUUUUCAUUUUGAAAAAACUUAACAAUAUCGAAGUUCUUUACUCUCUACUUGAUGUAAACAACCAACGACUUGAUAUUAUAGCACAAGAUAAAAUCUUCACCACUAAACUUAAUUUUGUCAUGUCACAACCAAUUAAUGAAAUUUCAUCAAUUUCUAAUUCGACACUCAAUCGCUUUUGUUUUUCAAUAUUACCAAGAAUUCAUAGAGAUAUCAAAUCUCUUAUUCUUGAUUCCUAUUCUAUGGCAUGUAUUCUUCGUGCUGCUUAUUAUCCUAAUCUUACAAAUCUUGAAAUUUUCAAUUUUAACGAAGCAACUGUGUCACAUUAUUUCAUAGAUGGUACUCCUUUUCAACAUAUUUUCAAACAACAAACAACUGAUCUUAUUCUUUACAUAAAUGAAGAUAUUAAAACAAUAAGAACAGAAUAUACCAAGAAUGUCUAUGCAGUUAUCUUAAGUUUCUUUCAAAACUUGAAACAUCUGACAAUUGUCGCACAAUCAUCUGUCGACAAUUAUCCAUGUUUGUUAUUGCAGAACCUACCACUACAUAUAUUUUCCUCUUCAACACUUACUAAAUUAUCCAUUAAUGUAUAUGAUUUGAAUGACGUAUAUGCUUUGCUUGAUGGUCGACUCAAACAAUUAGCUACACUUAUUGUCCAAAUUAAACAUAUCGAUCGAAGAGCAAUAUCUUACAAUAGGAAUGAUCUUCCCAAUUUAAAACAUUUUUCAUUAACGUGUCAUGCUAUUUACGAAGGAUGUGAUAAUCUAAUUGUACAUCUUCUUCAUCGAAUGCAACAUCUCGAAGAAUUAACUUUGUAUCUUCAUCUUUAUGGUGAAUCAUCAUUCAUCUAUGGCACUUAUCUUGAUAAUGAAAUUGUUAUUCAUAUGUCACAACUUCAUAGUUUUACAUUUUAUAUAGCUUCUGAAAAUGGCAUGGAUGUUUCAGAUAAUCGUUUACUUCAUUCGGAUAUUGAACAUACUUUUAAAAAUUCAGGACGAUGGCAAGUAGCUUGUAUGGUAGAUAAUUUCGAGCCUUACGAAAUGAUAUAUCGUGUUUUUUCACUUCCAUUUCAAUUUCAUCUUCUCGAGCAAAUUGGAAAUAACAUUCCGAACAUUAUAUUCAAUUCCGUUACUCAUUUACGCUUAUGGGACAAAGAUCCAUUCAGAUAUGAAUUUUUCAUUCGACUUACUCGAGCUUUUCCAUUUCUUAAAAAUUUAUCAAUUGACAAUAUUAUACCAUCAUUUCUUGGUGAAAGUUAUCAUGUACGUGGUAAAGACUGGUGUUCGAUCAUUGAAUAUCCGCAUCUUAUUUCGCUUGAUGUCGAACUUGCAAAUUCUUCUUAUGUCGAAGAAUUUCUCAAUGAAACAAAGACACGUUUGCCGCAUUUAACUGAAUUAAAAGUCACUUAUAUGAGUUUGGAACGGGUGACAGAAAACUUUACAAAAGAUGAAAUGCGUCGUAAUUGUGCGGGAGUGAAACGAUUAGUUGUUGAUAAUACAAUAGAAUAUACAAACAAUAUGUAUCGUUAUUUUCCUUCGUUAUUAGUUUAA